AUGACGCUCACAGAGCUGAAGAGUAACGGCCAAGAUGGCCUCCGCGUCUUGAUCGUUGGUGCUGGAAUCGGCGGACUGGUCGCUGCAAUUGCACUACGACAGCAGGGUCACCGUGUGGAGGUAAGUUACCCGUGUCAGAGAAACGAGGAUGUAGCUGAUCCGGAGCAGCUAUUUGAACGCUCGCGCUUUGCCAACGAAAUCGGAGCCGCCAUCCACCUGUCACCGAAUUGUAAUGGGGUUCUGCGACGACUGGGCAUUGACGCAACGGAGUUCGGGGCUGUGGAGGCAGAGAUGGUUCGGCUGAAGGCUGCUGCCCUGGCGGAGGGACGUGGCCAGCCGGCUCGUCUGCAUACCUCCAGCAAGGUCGUGGAUGUUGAUCCUCACGGAGCGACCGUCACCCUAGACAAUGGCGAGGUCAUUGACGGUGACGUGGUGCUCGGCGCCGACGGGGUCCACUCUCUGACUCGAUCCAAGCUCUCGCAAUCAAGCCCGAUCACGCCCUUCAGCUCGGGCAAGAAUGCGUUCCGCUUUCUCAUCAGCCGCCAGGAAGCCCUGGAUGACCCCGAAACCAAAAGCAUUGCCCAGGACUUUGGGGCGGUGGAUAUGUGGGAUGCGGACGACCGCCGGGUGGUCAUCUACCCCUGCUCGCAUAACCAGUUGCUGAAUUUUGUCUGCAUCCAUCCCGACUCUGUGACCCAAAUUGAUGCCAGCGGGGACUCGUACAAUCAACAGAUUGGCAAGGAUGCAUUGCUGGGUGUGUUUAAGCAUUUUAAUCCGCAGGUUCGCAAACUGCUGGAAAAGGCCGACCCGCAGACUCUCAAGCUGUGGCCGCUGCUCGACAUGAACACUCUCCCGACUUGGGUGGAAGACCGGUUGGCUGUUCUGGGAGACGCGGCACAUCCCUUCCUGCCCUAUCGCGCCUCCGGGGGUGCCAUGGCCAUUGAGGAUGCUGUGUCACUAGCCGUGAUGCUGCCGGCGGGGAUCGAGCGCCACGAGGUGCCCGAGCGACUGCAGGUUUAUGAAAAGGCCCGGCACCAGCGGGUCACGACCAUCCAAGAGAUGACCCGGGAGUCCAGUAAGCUCCUGGGCCCCGGUCGAGCCUUUCAGAUGGUCAACUACAUCUAUGGCCACGAUGAGUUCGACCACUCGGCCCAGGUGCUGCGCAAGUAUCUGUGGGCCAAAAACCCCGACGUCUACUGGCGCCAGCCCAUCGUGUUCGGGCCCAUGCCCGGCCCGCGCCAGGACGUCUGGGGACGCAACCGCGCAGCCCAGUCCCUCCAGUCCACGUUUACCACGGCGUCAGUCAAGUUCAAGACCAGCCGCACGCUGCUGCAGAAUCUGUUCCCGUCGGACGCCUACAGCUUCAUUUCACCGGGCACCGUUGCCCGGGCGAGUUUCUCGCAGACCACGCUCAGUGGGAUGGAUUGGCUGGGAGGUGGCGGGUAUCGGCACCUGGGGCUGUACAUUCACGGCGUCCAGUACACCAAGGCCAAUGGGGAAGUGCUCGAGGGCACGUACAUGCCGAUUCUGUUCGAGAGCCUGGCAGACCCUAUUGUGUCGGGCCGCGAGGAGCUCGGGAUGCCGAAGCUAUACACGGCGAUUGACGUGCAUCAGCGCAGGAGUUCCUACCGCGUGCAGACCAGCUGGCAGGGGGCGGUAUGGGGGCAUUUCGAGCUAGAGGACCUGCAAGAGGAAGACCCGAGCAGCGACCAGGGCACGAUUGGCGGGGAGGCGGACGAUGGCAUCCUUGUCCACCGGUACAUGCCCCAGGUUGGGCGGGAUUCCAAGGGGAAGCCCGAGGCCGAGUACCCGGUUUUUGUGCCGCACGCCCAAGAGUCCAAAGUCGUGCCCUCGCGCGUCACGCGACUACGGCGGACGAAGAAAGCCAAAGUCGAGAUCGACGGGCUGGACUGGGAUGCGUUGCCGACGCUGCAUCAUGUCAUUAGUCGGCUGGGUGAGAUCCCCAUGGACGAGAUCCUGGACGCCAAGGUGGUCGAGGGUGAGGGAGUGCCGGACGUGUCGAGUGCGAUGCGCAUUGAGUGA